AUGUCUAGCUCAAAGCUGUUUUGGCUGUUUGGUUCUCCAGGAUCUGGCAAAACAUCGAUUGCGCAUACAGUCGCCCAGAUCUUCGACGAGCACCAUCGUCUUGCAGGAUGCUUCUUUUGCGACAGCAGCGAUACGGACCGCCGGUCUCCAAAAGCAAUUAUGCCUACUAUUGCAUAUCAACUCGCUAAGUGGCACGAAGAUUACCGUUCGAUAAUUCUUGACAUCCUUCAGAGCCGUGGCGAGCUCGAUAUUUAUGCAGGCAUUCAACGUCAAUUCGAUCUUCUUGUUUCUCAACCAAUUAGCGGGUCAUCCGUUCGCCUUCCGCCAAAGCAUAGGCCUCUCAUUAUUGUUCUGGAUGCAUUAGACGAGAGCUGCGAUUCUGUCAACUCCAGACGC